AUGUUGGCUUAUAAAUUUUUUCUUUUUUCCUUUCUUUUUUCCUUUCUUUUUUUCCUUUCUUUUUUCCUUUCUUUUUUUCCUUUCUUUUUUUCCUUUCUUUUUUUCCUUUCUUUUUUUCCUUUCUUUUUUUUCUUUCUUUUUUUCCUUUCUUUUUUUCCUUUCUUUUUUUCCUUUCUUUUUUUCCUUUCUUUUUUUUUCUUUUUUCCUUUUUUUUCCUUUCUUUUUCCUUUCUUUUUUACUUUCUUUUUUUUUUCUUUUUUCUUUUCUUUUCCUUUCUUUUUCCUUUUUUUUCCUUUCUUUUUUUCCUUUCUUUUUUUCCUUUCUUUCCUUUCUUUUUUCCUUUCUUUUUUCCUUUUUUUUUUCUUUUUCUUUUCUUUUCCUUUUUUUUUUCUUUUCUUUUUUUUUCUUUUUUCUUUCUUUUUUUCUUUUUCCUUUCUUUUUCCUUUCCUUUUUUUUCUUUUUUUUUUUUUUCUUUUUUUUUUUUUCCUUUUUCCUUUCUUUUUUUCCUUUCUUUUUCCUUUCUUUUUUUCUUUUUUUUUUUCCUUUCUUUUUUCUUUCUUCCUUUCCUUUUGGACCUUUUCUUUUUCCUUUCUUUUUCCUUUCUUUUUUUCUUUCUUUUCCUUUUUUUUUCUUUUUCCUUUUUUUUCCCUUUUCUUUUUUCUUUCUUUUUCCCCCCCUUUCCCAUUCCUUUUCUCCCCUUUUCCCCCUUUUUUUUCCUUUUCUUUUUUUUUUUUUUUUUUUUUUCCUUUUUUGUCAUUUAUGAUACAUAGGUUGGGGAAGUUGUUACCACCAUUCCAACUAUUGACCAGUAUAAGGCCAUACUGGAGAUGCUACUAUUCCAAUACAGAUGCUGUUAUUUUUGUUGUUGACAGCAUGGAUAGAGAAAGAAUUGAAAUAUCAAAACGAGAAUUAAUGUCUAUGUUAGAGGAGGAAGAAUUAAAGAAAGCCGUUUUGAUGAUAUUUGCAAAUAAACAGGAUAUUGAAGGAGCCAUGACAGUCAGUGAAGUCAGCAAUGCACUAGGACUACAUGCUUUUUUUUUUACUGGAAGCAUCAGAUAUUCAAAACUUCUGCCAUCACAGGGCUUGGUUUAG